AUGUCUGGCAUAAUUCACAAAGAGAGCCUGCCUGGGCAAAGUGUCAUCAAGCGGCGCCGCAUCGACACCCAAGCGACGACGGAGCCCCGAAAAGAGAGCGAGCAUGGAGACGGCAAUGAGAAGCACGUUGGCGAUGUCUUGAAGGGUGUGGCAGGCGAGAACGAUGCCAUCAGCAGCACUGUGGCCCAGUCUGGCCCAUGCAGCUCUGCGGCCAAGUCGUCUGUAAAGGCUGCGCUAGCACGCAGCAGCAGCAGCAGCGGCAGUAGCAGUGAUGACGAGGACGACGGUGAUCAGAUCGAGCGUGAAAACGCGCGCCUUGCGAAACUGCGCGAGCAGCGCAGUCGUCGCCAACAGGAGCAACGAAGCGCCGGUGUAGCUUCCUCGGCUUCUUCGGCGCAGCUAUCGGCUAAUACGCCAGGUGGUGUCGACACCACGUCCUCUCCCUCUGCUUCGAAGGCGCAGGAAGGUGCGGUGCACACAAACAGCUACGACCACGACGUGCUCUUCCGAAACCGAGCGUGGUGCCAUCCGUCCAAAUCGGCCACGGCAGCGGAAAAGCAGCAGAAAAAGUGGGACUCCGUGCUGAACCGCACUCAGGACUCGGUGGCCUUUGGGCACUUUAUGAAGAACUUCUUCAAGUGA